AUGGAUAUCGAUGGCAAUACGUUUAUCUUUGUCAUCGUGAUAAUCUUUAUCCUGAUGGCCAGCCCUGGUGGCGAUGGGGUAACGUCUCAGUACGAAUUCAACCAGAUGGAGCAGCUGAAGUCGCAGUUCCGCGACGAAUACACGUCUUUCAAGAACAUGUUCUCGUCGAGCAAUUUUCAGAACAUUACGGGCUUCAAGCUGAGCUACUCGGAUGCGGUGCAGGACCCGGAGCGCAAUGCGACGUACCCGAUCGAUGGCAAGUCGUACACGACGUGGGCGCCGAAUCAGGAGUACCUGUUGUUCCCGGAUGAGGUGCGAGAUAGCGUGUGGGAACAUGUGUGGCGGACGGACGACGUCCUGGAGACGUACCCGCCCAACAUCACGGCAACAUUGCACGGCAACAUCAGUCUUGUCUCGAACAACAAGUACGUGCGUGUGCCCAUGCCGAUCCCGCUCUUUUACCAGCCGCCCACGGACUUUGCGCAGAAUCAGCCGCCUUCGGGAGAGUACUACCUUCGUUCGCCGGACGACAUACUGCGGUACGGGCUACAUAAUGUGACCUUUGACGUGGGGAAGGUAGACCUCUCAGUCAGGCACAUUGACACGGUCUCGCCGACCUGGAGGCGGAACAGCUCGAAGUCAAAGCGGUUCAACUCCCAGGAAGACAAAUGGAAGCUUCUGAGGCUGAACAUGGACUUCGCGGACGACGAAGAACACGAGCGCCACAAUGUGCAUGGCUACGGGAUAUACGACGUUCAGCGGGGGCAGAUCAUUGUUAUGUCUGAGAGCGCGAAGUGCCACUCGCUCUUUGCGUUUCCUCACUAUAUGAACCUGCGUGAAGACAAGGCCCGCUACAAGUCCCUGAUGAAGUUGAUUGAUGAUUACUGGGAAGCCUCUGAUUACGUGAACACACUGACGAUGGAUGACCUGCAGAACUGGUACAGGGAUGCCAACCAGAAGUGCGAGUACGUCGGCUUCCUCCAGCUCAAACCAUGGGCCCAGUACACAAAGGACCAAAUAAAGAUGAUCGAUGACGAACUAUUUUGGCCGAUAGGAAGGCCUGUUAAUAUCUCUGAUAUUCCCGAAAUUGAAAUUGAAGCUGGUGAGCUGUAUAGCCCCGACUGUGGCGUGCAUUUAAGACUGGGGACUGUCGCAGGACCACGUUAUGAAGUACAGGUGCGCUCUAUACGCAAGCACCUACUAGUCGGAUGCGCGCUAUUCGGCGCGCAGAUUUACCUACUUAUCCUGCAAAUGCAGCACACCAAUACACCUAGCUCUGUUAAUAAAAUUUCCUUCUGGUGUCUGGCCAUGAUGAACCUUGUCGACGGCUUGCUGGGUGUCUCAUUUUGGGUGGCGUCGUCGCUGCGGAAGGACUUAUACUUAUCGUUAUUGAUGGACGCGAUUGUCUGUAUGAUUUUAUCUGGCAUGUUCGAAAUAAGGUACAUGAUCUCAGUUUAUGCCUCCCAGGUGAAUGAGCGUGGGAUAAGCGUUUGGACUCUUCUUCGUGGUAGCAAUGCUGAAACAAAUCCUCCGCCGGCUGUCAUCGCCGAUGAGACAACUAUCAGUGGCAGUCUUUAUACCCAAUUCAUUUUCAAACAGCUAUUAUGCAUGUUCUUGGUUAUUAGCUCGUCUUCCUGGCCCAAGAAUAUUAGAACUAUUUUCGAGUACGUGUGUCUUGCGAUAUUGAACUCUUACUGGAUCCCACAAAUAUACCGCAAUGCCGUUAAAGGGAAUCAACCUCGGCAACGUCGGCGCGGCGCAAGAUCUGAAAAUGGAAGAAACAAUAAGAUGCCUAUGUUGUGGAAAUUUAUCGUCGGCACCACCAUUAUACGCACUGCGCCAGUAAUCUAUGUGUUCACCUACCCGUCUAAUAUAUUCCGCCACCACAGAGACAUCCGCUAUGCAGUAGGUCUCAGCGUCUGGUUACUGCUUCAGAUGCUCAUUCUUUUCCUCCAAGACACUUUUGGAGCUCGUUGGUUCCUACCAAAAUCUGCAAUUCCAGAAGGAUACUCCUACCACAAGCCGCUAAAUUCUACGUGUUUGCUCGAGCAUGGCGCAAAUGAUAACUACUGUGUCAGUUGUGCCAUAUGCAUGUCGGAGCUUGCUAUACACGUAGAGGAUAUUCCGGAGACACAUAAAGCCAAUAUACACGACUACAUGGUAACGCCAUGCUCACAUCUCUUCCACACAGGUUGUCUCGAGAACUGGAUGAGCUAUAAGUUGCAAUGUCCCGUCUGCAGGGCGCCCUUGCCACCAUUAUAA